GAGAACAAGAGCUGGAGGAGAGGACUGUUAACCCCAUCGUCUAGGGCAGAAUGAGCUCGUUCCCUGUUGGCUUACACUGCCUGGAAAGCUCCUCGCACCCUCAGAGGGGCCAGCCUGCCGGAGAACUGCAGGAAUCUGCAACAAAAACGAUGACAGCCUGAAAUACACCCCGGUGCCAACCUCCACAUUUGUCUGUCACCUCAGACCCUGACUAGCUGACAGAGCAGCAGAAUUUCAACUCCAACAGACUCAAAUGUGUUUCUGGGCAGAGAAGCAGAGCUAACGAGGGAAGAGAUUUUUUAAAGAGUAUUGGCUGUUUAUCAAACUUUUAUUUCCUGGCUGUGUGCAAAGAAGGGAUUCAACUCCAAUUUUUUAUCAAGGCUCUGGGUCCAGUGACAUCCCUGAAGGCCUGGAAAACAUGAAGACUGUGAUUUUUUUUCUAUACGUUUUGGGAACUGCAGCUGCAAUCCCGACAAAUGCAAGGUUCCUGUCUGAUCAUUCCAAGCCAACCACGGAUUCCUUGAGUUCCAUCCAACAGGCUGAAAUAUUAGUAGCACCUAACAACACUGCAAUCCCAAUGUUAAGGGAUGAAGAUGCAGAAAAUGAAAAGGAAAUUGCAGUGUCUAUAGACCAGCCCAACCAUAAGGCUGAAAAAUCUUCAGUACUAAAGUCAAAGGAGGAAAACCAUGAUCAGUCAGCAGAUCAGGACCAGAGUUACAGCCCAGAGCUCAGAUUACAGGAUGAAGAGGAAAGUGAGAGUGACUUAAGUGAGAACUUGGAGUACACACCAUCUCAAGGUACAUUGGACCUAAAUGAAGAUAUGGGUGAGCCUCAAAAGAAAAAACUCCCAGAAAACAUUGAUUUCCUUGCUCCUAACACUAGUUCUGUUGUAGAUACCAACCAACAAGAGAGCAUCACAAAAACAGAAAAAGAACAGGAACAACCAAUAAAUGAUUCACAUCCUCAGCUGAACAGGAGCAACAAACAUAGCCAAGAUGUAAGUGAACAAGGAAACCAAGAGCAGGAUCCGAAUAUUCCCAAUGGAGAAGAGGAAGGGGACGAAGAGCCAGGUGAAGUUGGUACCCACAACGAUAACCAAGAAAGGGAGAGAGAAUUCCCCAAGGAGCAUUCUAACAGCAAGGAGGAAGAAGACAGCACCCAACCUGAUGAUGUUUUGGAAGAGUCCAAUCAGCCAACUCAAAUAAGCAAGAUGCAGAAAGAUGAAUUUGAACAGGGUAACCAAGAACAAGAAGAGGAUAGUUCCAAUGCAGAAACGGAAGACGAAACUGCAUCAGAGAUUAAUAAGCACAAUCAAGAUGCAGAAUGGCAGCGCCAAGAAGAAAAACCUGAAGUUAGCAGCAACCAUGAGGAGAUAGAUAAGAAGUCUGUUCCUGAGGCUGUGUUUGUGGAGCCUACUGAAGACGGCAGCAUCAUGCCCAGAAAUCGGGGAGCGAAUGUUGCUGGUGAUGAGGACCCCAGACAUGAUGCUAGUGACAACUACGAAUUCAUCCCAAGUGAGGCCUCUGUAGAGGCUGACAGAUCUCAGUCCAUUUCCUAUCACCUCAAAUAUGAAGAGGAAAGAGAAAGAACACAUGAGAAUGGGAAGGUAGAUGCCGGUGAGCCUGGAGAGCACCAAGGGGCCGGGAAAGCAGAGAGCUCACUGAAAGAAGAUGAACGUUCAUAUGAAGACAACAGAAUGGUGCACGGCAUUGAUUCUUGCAUAAACUUCCAGUGUAAAAGAGGACACAUCUGUAAGGCUGACCAACAGGGAAAACCCCACUGUGUUUGCCAAGAUCCAGCGACUUGUCCUCCUGCAAAACUCCUUGACCGAGUUUGUGGCACUGACAAUCAGACCUAUGUUAGCUCCUGUCAUCUGUUUGCUACCAAAUGUAAACUGGAAGGGACCAAAAAAGGGCACCAACUACAGCUGGAUUAUUUUGGAGCCUGCAAAUCUAUUCCUAUUUGUACAGACUUUGAAGUGACUCAGUUUCCCCUCAGGAUGAGAGAUUGGCUCAAGAAUGUCCUCAUGCAGCUUUAUGAGUCGAACCCUGAACAUGCCGGAUAUCUAAAUGAGAAGCAGAGAAAUAAAGUCAAGAAAAUUUACCUGGAUGAAAAGAGGCUCUUGGCUGGGGACCAUUCCAUUGACCUUCUCUUAAGGGACUUUAAGAAAAACUACCACAUGUAUGUGUAUCCUGUGCACUGGCAGUUUGGUGAACUUGACCAGCAUCCUAUGGACAGAGUCUUGACUCAUUCUGAGCUUGCUCCUUUACGAGCAUCUCUGGUGCCCAUGGAACACUGCAUAACUCGCUUCUUUGAGGAGUGUGACCCCAACAAGGAUAAGCACAUCACCCUGAAGGAGUGGGGCCACUGCUUUGGAAUUAAAGAAGAAGACAUAGAUGAAAAUCUCCUAUUUUGAAUUAUGAUUUGAAAGAACUCAUGCAUUCCAGCCUCCUCCUGUGUUUCUGACCACUCCUGAAAAUAUAUGCAGCCACAUUACUUGUAGAUUUAAAUAUAGCAAAAUGUUUGCAUGUCUGAGAAGACAAUGAGAGUAAUUGCUUGCUAACAGUGUAUGCACCAAGCAUUUAACAUUAACUUUGGAAAUAAAACUUUAAAUAAAGUCAACAUAUGCAAAA